UGUCGAGUUUUCUUCUGUUUCUUCGCGAGUUACGGGAAAGUGAAAAAAAAUGUUAAAUGAAUUUAUGAUUUCGGUUUUUUGUUUUUGGGGGUGCAAAAAUGAACGAGUAAGUAUUGUUUUAUGUUAGUAAGAGCCGUAAGUACAGGAAACAACAAGAGUUUGGUUUGAUUUUAUUUGAGUUUAAAUUGGGUAGAACCUGUAGGACCCUCACCUCCGUAGCGGGCAGCGCACAUCACACGGUAGUGUACUAGAGUAGUACGAGUACAGUUUUGAGCACCCAAAAAUAUCACUAACGAGAGAGAUUUUCCGUUCCACUUUCUUUUCGGUUCGAUCUUGGUCAGAUCAAGACGGUGACCAUAUGGCACGCACUCAUAGUUUGUCGUCAUAUGCAGGAUAUCAUACGCCAAUUGAAGAUGAUGGCGCCGGUGGUUCAUUGAUUAUUGAAGGCGAGGGUAUUUCGGACAUUCCCUCGGACAAUGGAGGAUUGACCAUUGCGCGAGGGUCUUAUCAUACGCAGGCACCAUCACCAAGCUCUGCUCUUAUGACAGUUUCGUUGGACGCCUACUUGGACCCGCAGCGUAUGUCAUUCGAAUCUCCCAACGAAAUGUUGGGACGCGUUUGCAGUCCGGAUGACACGUUUCCCGUAUUCUCACCACCUCCGUGCGAAAAGGAGCAACCGGCCUUAGUAAUUCAAACUACAAACACUUUACUGCCCCCGGGUAAAACCGCAAUGCAAACCCGUCAACACCGUAGACAAUCCAGUUUAAACGCCGUUUCGUGGCCGAAUCCCAAUGAACUAACCGUCAGUCCCCGAUCGCGUCGUCUGUCCAACACUCUAACCCCAGCCGAAGUAAUCCACAACUAUUCUUUCCCCCCUUUGAAUCAUUCUUUCAAAAUCAAUCAAGCUCCCUUUACAGGACAGCGGAGAUGCGCUUCCAUCACCCCGUUCGCCACGUUCCCCCCGGUCGAUCUACCGUCACCAGCAGCGGCGAAAGUCCAGCAUGGGUACCUCGGUUGCACCGGAUGAGCUGACCGUCGAUCCCACCAGUCGGCGUCGAUCGAGUUUCCUAGCUUCUCUGUUCGUAGACGACGAUAUGACGACCCGGUAUGACGAUAUGGUCGGCGGCCGGAAA